AUGUCACCAUUGAUUCGUUUAUUACGCAUUGUUGAUUCUGAUGAAAAACCAGCUAUGGGUUAUGUAUAUGAUGGCAUGUAUAGAGUAAUUGAUGGAAUUAAAAAAAUUUUCAAGGACAAAAAGAGACUAUGGGAGCCUUAUGUUAAUAUUAUCAAGGAUCGUUGGGAUAAUCAAUUCUAUAGAGAUAUUCAUGCUGCUGCUUAUUGGUUGAAUCCUGCAUUCCAAUAUGACACAUCCACUCUUAAUAAGAGGCUAGAGACACAAUCUGCUGUGACAGAUGUUAUUGAAUCAAAAGUUUCAGUUGGUCGGUUGAAGUUGGUGGAGGAAUUAAGGCUAUUUCGAGAGCGUGAACAAACUUUUGGAACUCAACUUGCUCAAGAAUCAUUGUGUUUAUUGAUUCAUUGUAUUAUUGUUUUGUGUUUUAUAUGGAACUUAGAUGAGUGGUGGAAGUUGUUUGGAUCUUGUGCUCCAACCUUACAAAAGUUUGCAAUUCGGAUCCUUAGCCAAACAGCUGCCUCUUCGGGAUGUGAGCGGAAUUGGAGUGCUUUUGAACAAAUACAUACCAAAAGAAGAAAUAGAUUGGAGCAUCAACGACUUAAUGAUCUUGUAUUUGUUCAUUAUAACUACCGAUUGAAAGAAAGAGUCAAAAGAAAGAAGUUCAAUUUUGAUCCUAUUGACUAUGCAAGUAUCGAUAAAACUGAAUUUUGGGUAGUGGAAGAUGAGGAACCUCCAUUUCUUGAUCAUGAGGAGAUAGAAAAUGCAUUAUAUGAAGAGGGAGCCUAUCCAAUUGAAGAAGGGUCUUCUAGCCAUGUACAAAGAGAUAUGGACAAUGAAGUGAUUGAGGAUGAUGAUGAUGACAUUAAUUUGGAAUCAUUUGGUGAUGAAGAUGAUGCUCCUCCCGGAUUUAGAGAUAAAAAUCAUCCUAUUCAUGUUGAAGUUGAAGAAGAUGAAGAUGAGGAUGAUGAUGAUGAUGCUAGUGGUGGAGCAUUUGGUUCACAUGAUGAUAUUGAUUUUAAUUUUCUUCAUAACAAAUGAAGCUUGGGUCUUAAAAGUUAAAACUUAGUAGUUUUUUUGAAACUUUAUAACUUAUUUGCUAUUUGGAUGUAAUGAACUUAUUUGUUAUUUUUCAUUUGUCAUUUGGAUGUAAAUGUAAUGACUAAUGAACUUACUGUUGUGGUAUGUGUAUUUUUUUAUUAGAAGACAAAACUAUAGAUGAGUUGAGUUUGUUUGGAUGUCCUACAUUUUUUGUGGUCGGGGUUGGAUGGUAACUUGGGUGGAUUUGAAGCAAAGCAGGGAGAAUGAUAAGCCAAGUUACCAUUUUGUAUAAAUUGUUGAGUUUGUUGAAUAGAAUAUGAAUGUGUAUCUAUUGAAUAGAAUAGAAUAUGAAUGAUAAUCCAAGUCACCAUUUUGUACAAAUUGUUAACUGUUUUUCCCUCUAAUUGCCUAAUUAGAGGAGGAUUUUUUGAUGGGCUUUCAAUGACUUGUUGAUAAAUGUUGUAAAUCAGUAAAUGUGUGGCAGUGAACUCUUUGUAAUAUGCUAGUCAUGAGCCUAAUUAUGUUUUUAGUAUAUUAAAAAAUUAUUAAUUAUUUAUAUAAUUUAAAUAAAUAUUAAUUAAAUUAUUUAUGACGUCACCGGUUCGACCAUCGGUCGGACCCCGGUCCGACCAUAAAACCGGUAAUUAGCUCAUUUUCCGGUUCUUUCACCGUACCGGUUUUUA